UUCCACCAUUCGUGUCUUCUCCUCCCAAGCUCACAACUCCUCUUUCUUCCUCCACAUAUAUAUUGCAUCUUCUCGGCCUUUUGGUCCUUCAAAAUGCAAUUCUUAACCGCCGCGAGCUGCAUGUUUUUCCUUUCCUCUCUUCUACUUGUGGUAAUUCCUUGUCUUAUGGGCCAAGCAACACCACCCGGCGAAGGAGGAGGCAAGCUUCUGGAGCAUUGUGGUUUCACCGCCAUCUACUGCUUUGGAGACUCCAUGUACGAUAGCGGGAACGCCCUGGCCGAGUCCCCUCAGGGGCCCAUGGGUAAAUUCCCUUACGGCGUCACCAUUCAUCAUGCUACCGGUCGCUUCACCGAUGGCUACACCAUCAUCGACCGCAUAGCCGAGGCGGCCGGGGUUCCUCCCUUGAACCCGUAUUUGAAGAGAAAUAUGGAUCUCUCGAAAGGAGCCAACUUUGCGGUGGGAGGAGUGGGGCUUUUGUCCAAGGAAGCUCGAGCCAAAUGGCACGUCAAGUUGCCCUUCUCCAAUAGCAGCGUGGACAUCCAGCUCAAGUGGUUGGGCCGGCACCUCAACCAGGCCUACAGAAAUGAAACAGCUCGCCGGGAACACGUGGAAUCAUCACUGUUCGUUCUUGGUGGAGCCGGCAACGACUACCUGAAUAUGAACCUCAGCUUCAGCUCUCUCCCUCGGGUCGUCCAAAUGAAGCGGAUCAUGCCCGCUCUCUUGGUAGCCACACAGGUAUAUGUGAAGACGCUCAUAACUGAGUAUGGAGCCAGGAAGGUGGUGGUGCCCGGAAUCCUGAAAGCUGGAUGCAGGGUGAGUACUGGAGGCUUCUUCCAUGACACCCAAGUUCAGUGCGACGAAACCCUAACUUCGGUCGCUGCACUUCACAACCGGCUGCUUAAACGGGAGCUCGAGAGGCUACGGAUUAAGUUCCCCGACGUGGAAAUUGUUUACGGGGACAUGUGGAUGGCAACGCAUUGGCUUUUCGACCAUUUCGGUUCAGCAGGGAUCCACCAUCCCAACGAGAGAUGCUGCGGGAAUUCUUCGAUUGGGUGUGGGAUGCCUGGGGCACCAUACUGCGGAAACCCUAGCGAUUACAUAGAUUGGGAUGGCACCCAUUUCACGGACCAUGCUUACCGGCUAAUGUCCGACUUUCUGAUUCCCCAAUUGGCUUCCGGACUUGGAUGUCGCGCUGCUGCCAACAAUGUUCGUUCCCAAGGGUGAUUAAGAAGAAUUUUCUCUUUUAUGCCAAAAGAUUACGCAACGAUUACUGCUCUCUAAUAGAGAUAGAAUAGAAUCUAAAGAGUAUUCGAUUGAGAAGCAUAAACAUACGUUGGUGGAAUUAAGUGGAUCCUGUCAUGUUAACAUUAUAGAGAGUUGUAUGAAAGGAUGAAAUAUGUCCUCUACAUUUUAAAAAAAAAAAAACUAUAGAGAACACAUCCCCUAAUCAAAGAACGCAGAAAAAUGGAAGAAAAGAGCAAAGAAUUGAAGUACACUUGGAAUUCAACUCUAAAGCACUGAACAUGUAUUUAUUAUUGCACGGGUGUAAUUUGUAACUUGGUCGUGAAUGUAAGAAUCAACUAACAAAACAACCAACAACAUUGAACCAAUUAAUCACCUCGAUCCAAGAGCUGAAACACUUACAAAGACUCGGAGGGUGCUGUAACAAGAACACUAAAAGUUGUCGAUUGACUUGUUUCCCUCGUUUUAAAGCAUUUGAAUAUGAGUACUUCCCUUUUACCUGCAAAAGAUGCUAAAUAUCGAAUUAUAAAGACAAUUGAAAGGAGAAUGUGAUUUAAUGAUGACGGCUAACAGUCUGCAAGUGAAGGCAAAUGAUAAAGCGUUUCAAAAUCG